AUGUCGGAUUCGGCUAGAAUCGGAGCUGUGGCUGACAGCCGCUGUGGAGUGGUCUACCGAGGACAACCGACCAUAGCCGUUAUCAGUUUUGUCUCAGGCGACGGAAAACUCUUCAAUCUGACCGAUUCCGACACCCACGUGAAGCCGAUUUGGCGUGUUAACCGUGCCGAAGCCGUCGGGGCGGAGUUCGGGACCCAGUUCCACUCUGUACGGGAUACGCUCACUAUAUGA